AUACAUGUGGACAGCGCCUUCCUUAGACUCCUCCGCGGUGCUGAGAGGCGAACAGGAGCAGGAAGAAAGCAGUCCAGCAUACACUCCCCACCAUCAUGGCACCUAUCGGAUUAAAGGCGGUGGUCGGCGAAAAGAUUAUGAAUGAUGUCAUCAAGAAGGUGAAGAAGAAGGGAGAAUGGAAGGCCCUGAUUGUGGACCAGCUGAGUAUGAGGAUGCUGUCUUCUUGCUGCAAGAUGACAGACAUCAUGACAGAGGGCAUCACCAUUGUGGAAGACAUCAACAAGCGACGAGAGCCUCUUCCCACCUUGGAGGCCAUUUUCCUGAUUACACCAACAGAGAAGUCUGUCCACACCCUCAUUGGAGACUUCAAAGACCCUCACUCAGCAAAAUACAAAGCAGCCCAUGUUUUCUUCACCGACUCCUGUCCUGAUCCUCUGUUCAAUGAGCUGGUGAAGAGCCGUGCUUCCAAAACCAUCAAGACUCUGACGGAGAUCAAUAUCGCUUUCUUGCCCUAUGAGUCUCAGGUGUACUCUCUGGACAAUCCUGAUGCCUUCCAUAGUUUCUACAGCCCCCAUAAGACACAGCUGAAGAACCCUGUGAUGGAGAGGCUGGCCGAGCAACUGGCCACUCUGUGUGCCACCCUGAAGGAGUACCCGGCUGUCAGAUACAGAGGGGAGUACAAAGACAACGCGACUCUGGCUCAACUGGUUCAGGACAAACUGGACGCCUACAAGGCUGACGAUCCCACCAUGGGAGAGGGUCCAGAUAAGGCUCGCUCACAGCUGAUCAUCCUGGACAGGGCCUUUGACCCCGUCUCACCUGUCCUGCAUGAGCUCACCUUCCAGGCAAUGGGCUACGACCUGCUGCCCAUUGAGAAUGAUGUUUACAAGUAUGACACCAGUGGCAUGGGAGACUCUCGUGAGAAAGAGGUACUGCUGCAUGAAGACGAUGACCUCUGGGUGAGCCUGAGACACAAACACAUCGCAGAGGUGUCCCAGGAAGUGACACGUCAGCUGAAGGAGUUUUCUGCAAGCAAGAGAAUGAACACCGGAGAGAAGACCACAAUGAGGGAUCUGUCCCAGAUGUUGAAGAAGAUGCCUCAGUAUCAGAAGGAGCUCAGCAAGUACUCCACUCACCUGCAGCUUGCCGAAGACUGCAUGAAGCAUUACCAGGGGACAGUGGACAAGCUGUGCCGUGUAGAACAGGAUCUUGCAAUGGGCACGGAUGCUGAGGGUGAGAAGAUUAAAGAUCCCAUGAGGGCCAUUGUGCCAAUCCUGCUGGAUGCCAACGUCAGCACACAUGACAAGAUCCGCAUCAUCCUGCUUUACAUCUUCCUCAAGAACGGCAUAACAGAGGAGAACCUAAACAAGCUGAUCCAACAUGCUCAGAUUCCUCCGGAAGACAGCGAGAUCAUCACUAACAUGGCUCAUCUGGGGGUCCCCGUAGUAACAGAUUCAACCCUGCGCCGAGGAAAGAAAAUGGACAGGAAGGAGCGAGUGAGCGAGCAGACUUAUCAACUGUCCCGCUGGACACCAUUGGUCAAGGAUAUCAUGGAGGAUGCCAUUGAUGAUAAGCUGGACACCAAGCACUACCCUUACAUCUCCACCCGGUCUUCAGCCUCUUUCAGCACCACCGCUGUCAGUGCUCGGUAUGGACACUGGCACAAGAACAAGACCCCCGGAGAGUACCGCACAGGCCCGCGUGUCAUGGUCUUUGUCAUUGGCGGGGUGUCCUUCAGCGAGAUGCGCUGCGCGUAUGAGGUCACACAGGCCAACGGGAAGUGGGAAGCCAUCAUUGGUUCCACCAACUUGCUCACCCCCACCAAAUUCUUAUCGGACCUGCAGCACCCCGACUUCCGAGAGUCCACUAGGGUGUCCUUUGAGGACGCAGAGGCCUCAGACGAGUGAGGCAGAGACAGAGUGGGAGGGAGGGAGAGAGAAAUCACACAGAAAAAAGAUCCACCAACAUUUUCACCCCCACCAGCCUGCUGGAGCAGCUGAAGACGAUGAACAAACCAGACGAAGAAGUGACAAGUUAAAAAAAAAAAAAAAAAAAAAACCUCCAACGGGUCACAUCUCUCUCCUCCUUUUACGUCCUUUAUUUAUUGCGUGUGCAUCUUGCUCGAGAAUAAGUUGGGUGGUAAAAAAAUAAAAAGACGAGAAAAAAAAUAUGUUCAAACUAAAAGUAUUCUUUUUGCAAAUGAAUGCAACAAAUAUUGAAAUAUCCAAACCCGACGGCCAUGUAAGAUGGAUCAUACCAAAAUAUGAAAGUGUGUGCUGUAAAAAACCCCUCCGGGAAUUUGUCAAAGGCGGGUCUGUCCUCCCGGUGGAGAGUUGAAAUGUUGUAAAAUAUAGCAUAUCAGUCAACAUGCAAUAUAUAUAUUCAUAUAUUUACCUGGAGAGGAAGUCGCUGGCCAUCUGAGAUGUUUGUAUCAAGUAGCAUGCUUGGACUUGUGUGGACUGUUUACUGUGUUUGUAUCCCGUGUGGAUGUUUCUGGUUUAAUUUUUAGGAGCUAGCUUUUUUCCUAAAAUGUUGUGUUCGGAUACUCUACUGAAAAAAAAAAAAAAAUAUCGUCCUGUUUUAAAAAAACACGGCUUACAAAACCCCAACGUUCCACUCGGAGGUUUCUCAGCUUCCUCGGUGCGUCGAAGGGAAUUUCCGCAUUUUCUUGGAAGACCUUUUGUCUCUCGUCCCAGUUCUUGCUCGUACACGAGAUAAGACAGCUCUAGACAGUACAAGCCAAAAGUUUGGACACAUUCAAUGCGUUUUCUUCAUUUUCAUGACUAUAUACGUUUUAGAUUGUCACUGAAGGCAUCACAACUAGGAAUUUACAUUGUAGAUGGUCACUGAAGGCAUCACAACUGUAAAUAUACAUUGUAGAUGGUCACUGAAGGCAUCACAACUGUAAAUAUACAUUGUAGAUGGUCACUAAAGGCAUCACAACUGUGAAUUUACAUUGUAGAUUGUCCCUGAAGGCAUCACAACUGUGAAUUUACAUUGUAAAUUGUCACUGAAGGCAUCAAAACUAUGCAUUUAUAUUGUAGGUGGUCACUGAAGGCAUCACAACUGUGAAUUUACAUUGUAGAUUGUCCCUGAAGGCAUCACAACUGUGAAUUUACAUUGUAAAUUGUCACUGAAGGCAUCAAAACUAUGCAUUUAUAUUGUAGGUGGUCACUGAAGGCAUCACAACUGUGAAUUUGCAUUGUAGAUCGUCACUGAAGGCAUCACAACUGUAAAUAUACAUUGUAGAUGGUCACUGAAGGCAUCACAAUUGUGAAUUUACAUUGUAGAUGGUCACUGAAGGUAUCACAACUAUGAAUUUAUAUUGUAGAUUGUCACUGAAUUCAUCACAACUAGGAAUUUUAAUUGUAGAUUGUCACUGAAGGCAUCACAACUGUAAAUAUACAUUGUAGAUGGUCACUGAAAGCAUCACAAUUGUGAAUUUACAUUGUAAAUGGUCACUGAAGGUAUCACAACUAUGAAUUUAUAUUGUAGAUUGUCACUGAAGGCAUCGCAACUUUGAAUUUACAUUGUAAAUUGUCACUGAAGGCAUCAAAACUAUGAAUUUAUAUUGUAGAUGGUCACUGAAGGCAUCACAACUAGGAAUUUACAUUGUAGAUGGUCACUGAAGGCAUCACAACUGUGAAUUUACAUUGUAGAUUUUCACUGAAGGCAUUACAACUAUGAAUUUACAUUGUAGAUGGUCACUGAAGGCAUCACAACUGUGAAUUUACAUUGUAAAUUGUCACUGAAGGCAUUACAACUAUGAAUUUACAUUGUAGAUUGUCACUGAAGGCAUCGCAACUUUGAAUUUACAUUGUAGAUUGUCACUGAAGGCAUCGCAACUUUGAAUUUACAUUGUAGAUUGUCACUGAAGGCAUCACAACUAUGAAUUUACAUUGUAGAUGGUCACUGAAGGCAUCACAACUAUGAAUUUAUUUUGUAGAUGCUCACUGAAGGUACCAAAACUGUGAAUUUACAUUGUAGAUUGUCACUGAAGGCAUCACAACUGUGAAUUUACAUUGUAAAUGGUCACUGAAGGCAUCACAACUGUGAAUUUACAUUGUAGAUUGACACUGAAGGCAUCACAAGUGUGAAUUUACAUUGUAGAUGGUCACUGAAGGCAUCACAACUGUGAAUUUACAUUGUAGAUGGUCACUGAAGGCAUCACAACUGUGAAUUUGCAUUGUAGAUUGUCACUGAAGGCAUCACAUCUAUGAAUUUAUAUUGUAGAUGGUCACUGAAGGCAUCAGAACUAUGAUUUACAUUGAAGAUGGUCACUGAAGGCAUCACAACUAGGAAUUUACAUUGUAAAUGGUCACUGAAGGCAUCACGACUAUGAAUUUACAUUGUAGAUGGUCACUGAAGGCAUCACAACUAGGAAUUUACAUUGUAGAUGGUCACUGAAGGCAUCACAACUAGGAAUUGACAUUGUAGAUUGUCACUGAAGGCACCACAACUGUUAAAUUACAUUGUAGAUUGUCACUGAAGGCAUCACAACUAUGAAUUUAUAUUGUAGAUUUUCACUGAAGGCAUCACAAAUAUGAAUUUAUAUUGUAGAUUUUCACUGAAGGCAUCACAACUAUGAAUUUACAUUGUAGAAGGUCACUGAAGGCAUCACAAAUAGGAAUUCACAUUGUAGAUGGUCACUGAAGGCAUCACAACUGUGAAUUUAUAUUGUAGAUUUUCACUGAAGGCAUCACAAAUAUGAAUUUAUAUUGUAGAUUUUCACUGAAGGCAUCACAACUAUGAAUUUACAUUGUAGAAGGUCACUGAAGGCAUCCCAAAUAGGAAAUUCACAUUGUAGAUGGUCACUGAAGGCAUCACAACUGUGAAUUUGCAUUGUAGAUUGUCACUGAAGGCAUCACAUCUAUGAAUUUAUAUUGUAUAUGGGCACUGAAGGCAUCACAACUAAGUAUUUGCAUUGUAGAUUGUCACUGAAGGCAUCACAACUGUGAAUUUACAUUGUAAAUUGUCACUGAAGGCAUCACAACUGUGAAUUCACAUUGUAGAUGGUCACUGAAGGCAUCACAACUGUGAAUUUGCAUUGUAGAUUGUCACUGAAGGCAUCACAUCUAUGAAUUUAUAUUGUAUAUGGUCACUGAAGGCAUCACAACUAUGAUUUACAUUGAAGAUGGUCACUGAAGGCAUCACGACUAUGAAUUUACAUUGUAGAUGGUCACUGAAGGCAUCACAAUUAGGAAUUUACAUUGUAGAUGGUCACUGAAGGCAUCACAACUAGGAAUUGACAUUGUAGAUUGUCACUGAAGGCAUCACAACUAUGAAUUUAUAUUGUAGAUUUUCACUGAAGGCAUCACAACUGUGAAUUUACAUUGUAGAGGGUCACUGACGGCAUCACAACUGAGUUUACAUUGUUGAUUGUCACUGAAUGCAUCAUAACUGUGAACUUACAUUGUAGAUGGUCACUGAAGGCAUCACAACUAUGAAUUUACAUUGUAGAGGGUCACUGACGGCAUCACAACUGAGUUUACAUUGUUGAUUGUCACUGAAUGCAUCAUAACUGUGAAUUUACAUUGUAGAUUGUCACUAAAGGCAUCACAGCUGUGAAUUUACAUUGUAGAUGGUCACUGAAGGCAUCACUACUAUGUCUUUACAUUGUAAAUUGUCACUGAAAGCAUCACAAUUAUUAAUUUACAUUGUAGAUGGUCACUGAAGGCAUCACUACUUUGAAUUUACAUUGUAGAUUGUCACUGAACGCAUCACAACUAUGAAUGAACAUGUGGAGUUAUGUACUUAACAAAAAAAAGGUGAAAUAACUGAAAACAUGUUUUAUGUUCUAGUUUCUUCAAAAUAGCCGCCCUUGGAUUACUUUUUUUUUGCACACUCUUGGCAUUCUCUCCAUGAGCUUCAAGAGGUAGUCACCUGAAAUGGUUUUCACUUCACAGGUGUGCGCGAAGCUCAUGGAGAGAAUGCCAAGAGUGUGCAAAAAAAAGUAAUCCAAGCAAAGAGCGGCUAUUUUGAAGAAACGUUUCAGUUAUUUCCCCUUUUUUUUAUUAAGUGCAUAACUCCACAUUCAUUCAUAAUUGCGAUGCCUUCAGUGACAAUCUACAAUGUAAAUAGUCAUGGAAACAAAGAAAACACAUUGAAUGAGAAGGUGUGUUUCACAAGUGUCUCAAAGGGCUGCACAAGCCGCAACAAUCUAGUGUAGUCCGUCCUUUCUAGUCCAGACUAGAAAUGCUCGACCUUUUGAGCGUGAGCUGAUGGAGGGACCGAGGCGAAACGUUGCGAUGGACUCAGCGCCCCGAGGACAAGACUCCGUGAAGGAGAAUAUUCACACACAGGUUUAUCAAUCUAUGCAAAUUCACUGCACUAAUACUUUUACUUUGGAACUCUCACUUCCUGUUUCUGAGCUGCUGCCCCCUAGUGCUCACAAAGAGGACUUACGGAUUUUUAAAGUUGAUAAAAGGCUGGGGAUCGAAUGCAGUGGAACCCGCUCUCGUCGGGACCGUUUAUGUCCACAAACUCAUCACGUUCUUAUUACUAACUUCAGACUUAGAUGGUUAGCUUAUGUCGACAAAAUAGGUCCGUUUAUGUUGAUGUGUCGCAAUAUUGACAACAUAAACACUCGAGUCGUUAACGGGGAUGUGAAUCUUGCAACAACUCUCAAUUCAGUUUGAUUCCGAUUCUUUUGGGUUGACAACUCCAUUGUGAAACGAUUCCGGAUUAAACCCAAAUUUCCAUUCAAAAACCGAUUCUCGCAUUAAAUGAUUUGGGAUACAACAUAUAGUAGAACCUUUUCGAAACAGGUUACGGGCUACAAAAGUAACUCCUCAGAAAGCAAGCGCUGAGAUGGCCACAAAAACAUAUUUUAAAAAAAUUGAUUCCUAAAAAUGUUGAAUCAAGUCCAAAUAAUAAUGAGUGUCCGCCCUGAGCUCGGCAAGUCGUGAGUUCAAACCCCGGCUGAGUCAUACCAAAGACUAUAAAAACAGGACCCAUUACCUCCCUGCUUGGCACUCAGCAUUAAGGGUUGGAAUUGGGGGUUAAAUCACCAAAAAUUAUUCCUGGGCGUGGCCACCGCUGCUGCUCACUGCUCCCCUGAAGGGUCAAAUGCAGAGAAUAAUUUCAACACACCUAGUGUGUGUGUGACAAUCAUUGGUACUGUAAAAACUUUUAAAUUUGUGUGUUAAUCAAUUUUUUUACGGAAACUGAACCGAUUCAACAUUUUUAAGAAUCGACUUGCGAUGAGGUGGCGACUUGUCCAGGGUGUACCUUGCCUUCCCCCCGAUUGUAGCUGUUAUUGGCACCAGCGACCCCAAAGGGAAUAAGUGGUAGAAAAUGGAUGGAUGGAAUUUUAUUCGAUUUUUUUCCAAACCAUCUUUGCAAGUACACGUUAUCCUUUUGUAAGUUGUUUUGAAAAUAUUUUAUUCAUCAUUUUUGCGCCAAAUAUUAUAUCCCGAAUCAAAUCAUUACCCCGAGAGUUGGAUUACAAUUGAAUUGUGAGCUGUUCACAUCCCUCGUAGCAGGUAGCCUUCAAAAUAAAAGCAUGGGAGUACGAGCUUGGAUUUUACCACCGCGACACAACGCACGGUUCCGGUACUGCUCGGUUUAUAGGGUUGGCGUGCCAGCAAUUUGAGGGUCCCGGGUUCGAUCCCCGCUUCUGCCAACCUAGUCUCUGCCGUUGUGUCCUUGGGCAAGACACUUUUUACCCACCUGCUCCCAGUGCCAACUACACUGGUUUAAAUGUAACUCAGAUAUUGGGUUUCACUAUGUAAAGUGCUUUGAGUCACCAGAGAAAAGUGCUAUACAAAUAUAAUUCAAUUCAAAAAUAUAUAAUUCACUCAUUUAUUUAUUUUUUUCCCCGGAAGAAAGAUAUGUACAUAUAUAAAAAAUUAUAAUAUUAAAAAAAAAAAAUCAUCACCCAUUCUCAGUACGUCUAUAAGAUGACAAGUAAAUAUGCAAAGCUAAAAACGGGUUGCGCUGUAAUUGAUCAUAUUAUUAGUGAAGGUUAUCUAGUAAACAUUUAUUAAGUUUACAGUUAUCAUGACAACUUUCCGGCUUUUUCUCCGACAGCCAACUUGACGAAGUAUCCAGAAUCGAACGCAACUUAUAAAAGUCGCUAUCGUCCCGUACUCGGAGCGAGGGCCCGGUUAUAUUUCAGUAUUGUAUCCUGUCUUAUUUAUUUUAGCAAGGAUGUUGCAUCACGCACCGAGUAGUUUUGUGUACGCGCCACAUGUUGUCGUUUAGCGUCUCACUGUUGACUCUCGUGAUAUUUGGGACUGUGAAGUAGUGCAAACUUUUCCUUUAUCGACCCACGCCAAUGCGAAGCCGCUGUGUUUUUUUUUGUGACGUGCGUAGCUUGUUUAGUAGUCAGUCGGAAACAACAACAACAAAAAAGAAAUGUAUUGUUUAUUUACCCUGAUUUUUUUUGCCCUCUGUUGCAAUGGUGAAUGGCUUUGCAGGACUUAAAAAAAAAAAAAAAAUACAAUUUAAAACCCAUGUUUAUUGCUUCCACCCCUUUCCUGCUCCCACAGCCAAGCAAGUUGAAUAUUGCACUAUAAAGCAUUUUUUGUGCCGCAAACGCUUAAUUGUGUAUUUUUUUUCUCUCUCUGUUGUAUAGGAUUAACUUGUCAAAGCCAUUGAUUUCUUUCCAAAACGCUUUUUCUUGAACUUAUUAGUCCGUCCCUGAACUUGUUGGGAACGUAUGUUUGCGAGUGUCGAAGCACAAGCAAUACUUCCAUGUGUACCUUACAUGUACUAAGGCUGUCGAAUAAAUUGGCUUCCAUUCCA